AUGGUCUACGCCCUGUUGGAGCUCCCUGCCGGAGUCGCUCUUUUUAAGGUGGACGGCGAAAAGCGUCGGCUUAAGGCGAUGCUGCAGUUCAAGAGCACCGCCGACGCGCUUACAACGACGACGCAGGUGGUGAACGGGGAGCUCUCCAAGCCGGUGCGCAAGUUUCUCAAGAAAAAUUUUGUGGAGAAGGAGAUCACGGAGGAGCUUGUGGUCGCGGACUCCAAGCUGGCGAAGGCCAUCAAGGAGACGCUGGCCAUUCCCUGCGUUCAUGGUGAUGACACCCUCGCCACCUUCCGUGCGCUGCGUGCGAACCUCGAGGCGCUUCUGCAGGAGGUGUCGACGGAGCAGCUCAACCAGACGGCGCUUGGCUUGGCGCACAACCUGAACCGCUACAAGCUGAAGUUUUCUCCAGACAAGGUGGACAUGAUGGUGGUGCAGGCGGUGGCGCUUCUCGAAGACCUCGACAAGGAGAUCAACAAGUACGCCAUGCGGGCUCGGGAGUGGUAUGGGUGGCACUUCCCCGAGCUGGCAAAGAUCGUCAACGACAAUCUGUUGUACGCAAAGAUUGUGCUGGCCGCCAAGACGCGCUUUAACGUGCGCGACACGGACUUUUCCGACUUCCUGGACGAGGAGGUGGAGCAGAAGGUGAAGGACGCGGCGAUGGUGUCCAUGGGCACAGAGAUUGCUGAGGAAGACAUUGAAAACAUUUGUCGUCUCUGUAGCGAGGUGGUAGCGGCCACGAAGUACCGCGAGACGCUCUCCGCGUAUCUUAGCUCCCGCAUGCAAACCAUCGCCCCGAAUCUCACCACGAUGGUGGGCGAGCAGAUUGGCGCCAGGCUGAUUCAAAAGGCCGGCUCUCUCCUGUCGCUUGCAAAGUACCCUUCCUCCACGGUUCAGAUUCUUGGCGCCGAGAAGGCCCUUUUCCGCGCCCUAAAGCAGCGGCAAGCCACACCCAAGUACGGCAUCUUGUACAACGCUCAGGUUGUGGCGAAGGCUGCCGCCCCGAACAAGGGGACGAUGUCCCGCGUGCUGGCAGCGAAGACUUCCCUUAGUGCUCGUAUCGACUCCUUCGGUGAGGGCGACAACGCACCGGCACUGGAGUACCGCAGCAAGGUGGAGGAGCGACUGCGUCAGUUUGAGGAAGGGGUGACGUACGGGCAGUCCGGUAACGCGCGCGGCGGGGGUUCAAGACUGCAGCAGAAGCGUCCGCAGCCGGGUGGCUGGGAUAACUAUAACAACAAUAAUAACGACGGUGUGGGCGGUGCGCCGUACAAGCGUGCACGCUUAAACGACGGCGGCUUCCAACAGCGAAGGUAA